AGCCUUCUAUUAUCUAUAUUCUUAGUUAAUACGUGUGCUUGGGAGUCCUUGCAAUUUGAAUAAACCAAGAUCUUACCAUGACUGCAAUUUUAGAGAGACGCGAAAGUACAAGCCUGUGGGGUCGCUUCUGCAACUGGAUAACUAGCACUGAAAAUCGUCUUUACAUCGGAUGGUUCGGUGUUUUGAUGAUCCCUACCUUAUUGACCGCAACUUCUGUAUUUAUUAUCGCCUUCAUCGCUGCCCCUCCAGUAGAUAUUGAUGGUAUUCGUGAGCCUGUUUCUGGUUCUUUACUUUAUGGAAACAAUAUUAUCUCUGGUGCUAUUAUCCCUACUUCUGCGGCGAUCGGAUUGCACUUUUACCCAAUUUGGGAAGCUGCAUCUGUUGAUGAGUGGUUAUACAAUGGUGGUCCUUAUGAGCUAAUUGUUCUACACUUCUUACUUGGUGUAGCUUGUUAUAUGGGUCGUGAGUGGGAACUUAGUUUCCGUCUGGGUAUGCGUCCUUGGAUUGCUGUUGCAUAUUCAGCUCCUGUUGCAGCUGCUACUGCUGUUUUCUUGAUUUACCCUAUUGGUCAAGGAAGCUUUUCUGAUGGUAUGCCUUUAGGAAUCUCUGGUACUUUCAACUUUAUGAUUGUAUUCCAGGCAGAGCACAACAUCCUUAUGCAUCCAUUCCACAUGUUAGGUGUAGCUGGUGUAUUCGGCGGUUCCCUAUUCAGUGCUAUGCAUGGUUCCUUGGUAACCUCUAGUUUGAUCAGGGAAACUACUGAAAAUGAAUCCGCUAAUGAGGGUUACAAAUUUGGUCAAGAGGAAGAAACUUAUAAUAUUGUGGCUGCUCAUGGUUAUUUUGGCCGAUUAAUCUUCCAAUAUGCUAGUUUCAACAACUCUCGUUCUUUACACUUCUUCUUGGCUGCUUGGCCUGUAGUAGGAAUCUGGUUCACUGCUUUAGGUAUUAGUACUAUGGCUUUCAACCUAAAUGGUUUCAAUUUCAACCAAUCUGUAGUUGAUAGUCAAGGUCGCGUUAUUAAUACUUGGGCUGAUAUCAUCAACCGUGCUAACCUUGGUAUGGAAGUAAUGCACGAACCCUCACCAGCUUUUGAUGCCUCCAUCAAACAUCUAAACAGUAAUGUCAGGCACCGCCGGGGAGCGCAGGUGAUGGGCUCACCGUUUGCAUUGCGCCAUGAGCAGGACUUUGAUUUAGAGGGCGACGUGCAUGCAUUAGCAUGCUUUGACAGCGUGAGCGUGAGUGUCUGA